GUAAAAAUAAAACAGCAGAACGAUGAACGAUGACUGAGAGCUACACUAUCGUGCUAGGGCUACAGGGGUCUGUAUGACCUCCAGAGGGCGACAAAACGCCGAGUUCAUCAUCUCAUCAUCAGAGGCGGAGAUGCAGAGGAAGAAGCUGUCAAAACACUGCGAGGCCGAUUGAGAGUCGGCUUUUCAACAUGAAUUGGUUUGGUUCCAAAUUUGCACCUUAUUUUCCGCACUUAUGUUGUUAAGGAGAAUGUAAACCUCAGCAAUGUCUCAGCCUGAGCAUCUCAACGCAAGCCCCUGGGGCUUGUCUGAGUUAUUGGUCCAGAAGAGGCUGCUUGGUUUUGGGGCACUGCUGGCCUGGAUGGUCUUGUUCCACCUUCUGGUCAACGUUUGGCUCCUCUGUGUUUUCACAAGCCUCUUAGUGGUCUUAGGUGGUUGGCUGGGUUCUCAGGCUGUCCUUGUCUCAGACAGCGUUGUUCAUCUGGAGCGCUUUAUUAAGCUGGAAGAGAUCCAAGGUAGUGCUGAGAGUGAACAACAACUGGAAGAUGAAAUACAAAAGACAGUCGGUAAAAUCAUACGUGACUUUGUCACCUCAUGGUACAGUACUGUUUCCUUAGAGCAAGAGUUUGAGGAUGAGGUUCACAAUGCCAUGAUCUCUAUGGCCAUGGAGCUGAAGGGUCGGGCAUCAAGGGUUGACAGGAAAGCUUUGUCCCAGAGGGUGUUAGAUCUCUCUGGAUGCCAUCUUCAAGGCUACUUGAGUGCCAAGGAAAAACAAGAGGUGGACAAAGAUGGAGAUCUCUGGGGGAUGUACAGCAAACUCUGUUCUCCGCAUCCUGCUCUUCAGAGCGCUGCUGUCGAAGUGAACUACGUACGGGCCAUUGUAGAUCUCCUUCUACAUGUUCUUGUACCUCCUCCACAUUUAGAAACACGAACAGGUCGAUUUGUGGUGGGCGAACUUAUAACAUGCAACGUUAUUCUGCCUUUAAUGGCAAAACUAUCCGAUCCAGAUUGGCUAAAUCUUUUGAUUGUAAGCAUUUUCUCCCAAUCCAGUGAACCCGCUCCAGAACCAGAACUAAUAGAAAUUCAGUCUCCACCACGUGUUGUAUCUGCUCAAGAAAAUGCACAGCAAGAACUUGCAGUUCCUUGCGUUUUGACCCUAAAAGUUACUCCAGACACACCCACCAUAACAGAGGCCUCAACGCCGGAACUUGCGGCUUAUGAUGUCAUUGAUUCCGCAGAACUUUUUUCGCCACACAACCUGGAAGAAGAUGAAUCUCGGACAACCAAGCCAUUUCCUUUGGGUUUUAGUCCCAGGGAUUACCUGCGCCUCAGCAAGCCCAAUCCAUUCUAUCAAGAAACCGACUCUGAUUUGGAAUCUCCUCUAAUGGACUUUAAGCGGGGCUCCUUGGAAUCAUUGGUUCUAAUUGGCACAGAGGAGACCCUUUCAGAAAGACUUACCGAAUGCAUCACUCCAGUUGACCCUUUGUUAGACCUUGAGGAUGAACUUCCAACUUACACCAAUACGACAGAGAAGGAGCUAUCAGCGGCACAUUCUGGCAGUGUCCCAGAGGAAGAGUCAUCGAGUUUUUGUACUCUUCAGCCAUCCGAGAAGAGCAACUCGAGUGUAGACCAGCCCGGCCUGUUAAAUCCUGGUGAACUGGCUUUGAAUACACCCAUCCAGGUCACUUCACCAGGUGGGAUGGCGUCUCUGGCACCUUUCAACUUCGAGCCCCUCAGUAGUCCAGAGGGUCCGGUUAUUAUCCAGAACCUCCGCAUCACUGGUACCAUCACUGCCAAGGAACACAGAGGCACUGGAUCCCAUCCCUACACUCUCUACACUGUAAAGUAUGAAACAGCCAUGGAUUCAGAGAAUCCAGAAUCAUUGCAGCCUUUGGCUUAUCACACUGUGAACAGACGCUACAGCGAAUUCCUCAACCUUCAGACUCGUUUGGAGGAGAAACCAGAAUUACGCAAAAUUCUUAAAAAUGUGAAAGGGCCAAAGAAAAUCUUUCCUGAACUUCCAUUUGGAAACAUGGACAGUGACAAAGUGGAGGCCAGGAAAGGUCUGUUAGAAACAUUCCUUAGACAACUUUGUGCCAUUCCUGAAACCGCCAACAGUGAAGAAAUGCAAGAAUUCCUUGCUCUAAACACAGAUGCAAGAAUUGCGUUUGUUAAGAAACCUUUCAUUGUCUCACGCAUAGACAAGAUUGUGGUAAAUGCCAUAGUGGACACACUGAAGACAGCCUUCCCUCGCUCAGAACCACAAAGCCCUACUGAUGACAUUGAUGGAGAGCCUGAUGGGAAACUGUCCACUGACAAGAAGUCCAAGUCUAGAAUGAGGUUCUCUAGUAAAAUCGCACCUGCUCUCAAUGUGUCUGACAUGAAACCCAACGUGCUUUACUGCUUUGAUGAAAGCAGCACUGUUUUCAAUGGCUUCUUGUUGAACGAGCUGGAGAGCUUCAUCUCAGAGAAGGAGCGUUCUGAAGGUAAAGCUCUAGGGUUUGAUGCUGAUGCCGAGAGAAGUGUUGGCUCCGGACCUAAAUCGGAUAUGAAAACCUGUAUGUGUGCCAAACCACAGCUGGAGAAUGCACCUCCCUUCAGUGAAUCUGUUGAGGAGACGGCUCUAUCUAACCAGGCCCUGAAUAUACUGUGCAUGCUAAUGAAGAAUCAGUGGAGCUGGCUUUGCACAGAAAACAUCCAGAAAACCAUCAGAAUGCUGUUCGGGACCCUCAUAGAAAGGUGGCUGGAGGUGGGUGUGGGGAACCUGACCUGUACACAGUAUUGGGUGGUUUACCUGCGGGUUCUGCAGGAGGCAAUCUGGCCUGGAGGAAAUCUGCCAGCUCAACCUCGACCACAGCGCAGCCAGCAGCAGAAAGACCACAGCAGAAAGCAGGCUCUGCAGUGCCUCAUGAAGCUCAUGCCAGAUCUGAUCUCUGAUAUGCUGGGCUCUGAGAAGUACAAGAUUUUUUGGCAGACGGUUGUGGAUUCUUUUCAGGACCCCACUGUAAACAGGCAUCUUGUAUACUGCAUCUGGGAUCUGCUAAUCGAGUUUCUCGUCCCCGAGGCCUCAGAGGGGGACUUUCAAAAAACACUUCUUCACAGCCUGUCCAAAAACGCAGAGAGGCUUCCGCCAUAGGUGUUGCUGGGCCGGAUGGACACAUAAACACACAUGCAUACACGCCCACAUUCAUAGCAUAUACAGAUAUGUGGUCAGUGCUAAAUGUAAAUAGAGGAAUGUGUGAUCAAGUAAGUGUGGAUUUGGAUUCAGUCAGUGCCUGGCUCCAAUUUGGUUUCUAUGUUUCUGGGACACACUUCCGGGCAAACACUAAUAAAUAGCCACCUGUUUUGUGUUUUAUCAAACCACAAGUCCAAUCUCUAAAGCCCAACAUACCGGAUCUGAAUUAGUCGCAAAUUCUCUAACUUUUAUCCACCUUGUUCCUACUUGAGCUUUGGGCAAGCUCUUACAUAUGGAGACAUUUCUGUGCCGUCUAUUCACGUGUUUCCGGCCUUUCAGUCUUGAUGUGCUUUGAGUUUACACACAUUCUCUCCUUAAUGACAUUGAUACACUUGAUCGUUUUGCUUCAGGUCUUCUUUAGAGAUUCUGUAAACACUGUCUAAGUCUUAUCUCUCCUGCCUUCCAAGAAGGAAAGUCAAUCUUUUCAUCAUAUUCCUCUUAAAGAAUGAAAGUUUCUCACAUCUGCUUCUGCUGUCACAGGAAUGCUGUACGUGCUUUGUGUGCUUUCAGAGCCUUUAAACUUGAUGUCUCUCUUCACAAAUGCUGAUUAAAUGGUUAGACGACCACUUAAAGCCUACAAGCAAAACAAGGUUAUGUUGAUUAACCAAAAAUGGCCAGUUUUCAGAACCCUUGUUUUAAUAUUUAUGAAGUAUGUGUAAAUGUUAUCUGAAAGGGAUAGUUCUCACAAAAGUGACAAAUAUUUUUUCAUUUUGUUCCAGACAUGUGUUGUUUUUUUCUGAGAAAGAUGAAAAAAUUCUAAAGGAACACUCCUUUUUUUGGAAAUAGGCUCAUUUUACAAGUCCCCUACGGUUAAACAGUUGUGUUUUACCAGUUUUGAAUCCCUUCUGCUGUUCUUCGGGUCACAGGAACACUUUUAGCUUAGCUUAGCAUAAAUCACUGAAUAAAACUUUUCAUAUCUUGUCUGUCUUAGUUCACUCAAUAUACAGUUAGUUACUCAAUAUAUAGUUUUUUUCUUCAAAAGAACAAGAGGUGAAAUUAUAGUCCUCAAUAAUUUAUGAAAAUUAGUGUCCAAAAAAAAAAAAAAGACAGGCAAAAUAAAUACCUACAUUUCAUACAUUAAGAUGCAUUAAGAUCUUUAAGACCAAGUAAACAUUAAGACCAAGUAAAAUUAUCAUUUCAUUAAUGAUCAGGAGCCAUGGGCAGUUUUUUCAGUUUGCCUGUUUUGUUGUUGUUGUUGUUUUGUAGUAAAUCACCAAGGACCAAGUCUUCUUUAUUUUUCUUCUGAAAAAACUGACCUACUUCAUUGAUUUCCUGAAGAUGAGUAAAUAAACAGCUAAUUUGA